UGACGUAUGUGACCGUGGGGAUCCCCGUUCGGUUGAUUGGCGGAUAUAGCCCCGUCCACCGGGUCCUAUUUCAACUCAUUCCAAACACUCGAAGUCAACUACAGUCUUUUGAGCUCUGCGGUCUACAAACACCUUUGUCAAGUUGUCUUGUCCUAAAGUCGGUGAUGGAUGCCUUACGGUCGGCUGGAAGAGCGAUCAUCCGAAGUCCAAGCAUCGCGAAACGGUCUUGGAAUUCCGGCAAACAUAAAAAACUUCCUGAGAACUGGACCGACACGAGGGAGACUGUUGUGGAGGGAAUGACCUUUAACCUCCGCCACCUAGGCAUGACCGUGGUGGACCAGGCCAAAGGAGAGGACCUAUCAGCAGCUGCUGUCAAGAGGAUCGUUGCCAUGGCCAAAGCGGGAGGUAAGAAGCCUCCGAAGGUUUCUCUGAAGGUUUCUCCUCAGGGUAUAAUGCUCUACGAUAGUCUGACCAACCAGCUGCUAGACAACAUCUCCAUAUACAGGAUAUCCUACUGCACGGCGGACAAGCUGCACGACAAGGUGUUUGCCUACAUUUCCCAGAACACCCUUAACGGAACACUGGAGUGCCACGCCUACCUCUGCUCCAAGAGGAAAGUGGCCCAGGCAGUGACUCUGACUGUAGCACAGGCCUUUAAAGUGGCCUUUGAGUUCUGGCAAGUUGCCAAAGAAGAGAAAGAGAACAGGGUGAAGUCCGGCUCGGCUGGAGAAGCAUCCGGCAGCUCCCAGUUAGAAGGAUCCAACAGCCUGGCUAGUCUGAAAGAAGAUGUUGCCACGGGUAACCUACUGGACCUGGAGGAACGGACUCAUGUUGCCGUGGUUCUGGAAACCAAUGGCAACGAGGAGUUCCAGGUGGACGACCAGACCGCUCCAGAGGAUAACAACAACACUGUCUGGGAAAUUGAGGAAGACUUGGAUGAGGCUUUUUCUAGACUGGCAGUGUCCCGUACUAACCCCCAGGUCCUGGAUGUUGGGGUGACCCCCCAGGAUUGGCUUACAGAACCUGACCGGGCCAAUGGGAACACAUCGAACACCACCAAUGGAGAUGACUUCUCCUUUGUCUUCUGAUUGGCUACCGGAGGGAGACCUUUCGGCUCUUUGGCCCAAUCCCAAAUCAAACCCCUAGGCCCUACGCUGGAGCUACACCAUACCAUAUUUGUUUACUCCUCUCAGGUCUGCACAAGUGCAUAGGUCAAUUUGAGAUGGGGGCCCAUAGAGUUGGCUUUGGCUCCAUUCCAAACCGAUCCCUUGCCUCUGUCCUUAUUCCCUAGUUGACUCCCUCCCCCCUUAUAGAUCUGAAAGGUAGGUUGAGAGCUUUUGGUUGAACUUCUGUCAAUACUUUUUUUUUUUUUCAAGUUUCAACCAAGUUUUUAUAGAUCUACACGGGGCCGCCAGGAAGAACCUAUGGGUAGAGGCUAGGGACUUGAACCAGGGCCUGCCCCCCCCACCACAGCAGUAUGCAGUACUCUUUGUGAUCACAGCAGUAUGCAGUACUCUUUGGGACCACAGCAGUAUGCAGUAGUCUUUGGGACCACAGCAGUAUGCAGUAGUCUUUGUGACCACAGCAGUAUGCAGUACUUUUUGUGACCACAGCAGUAUGCAGUACUCUUUGGGACCACGGCAGUACUCUUUGGGACCACAGCAGUAUGCAGUACUUUUUGUGACCACGGCAGUAUGCAGUACUCUUUGGGACCACGGCAGUAUGCAGUACUCUUUGGGACCACGGAGUAUGCAGUACUCUUUGGGACCACGGCAGUAUGCAGUACUCUUUGGGACCAC